UAUAAUAUCAACCGGCGACCUCAGUACAAUGAAGUUCCUUCUGAUUUGCGUGCUAGCUGCGUGUUGCCACGCCCAAAACUCUGGUGAAUCAUUGCUCUUACGGAUUCAGGAGCAUCAAAACAAGUUGCUUAAUUGGGAAAAUGAUAACCUGCGAUUGUUAACAACUCUAACAGAACAAAGCAAACUAUACGAUAAUGCUAAACAUAAUGAAGCGAAGCUCUUAGAACUUGUCGAUUACCUGGUCAAAAAGAACAUGGAAGUCUUACAAAACGUUGUCAGUGAACUGAAUAAGAUUAAGACUAAUAUAGACAAAGGAGAAAAGAAACUAGUUCACGACGAAGAAACUGUGACACAUGAAGACGAAAAUAUGGCAAGAUAUGGAGACGGAGCGGAAACUUUGAGUGAUAUAGAAGUGAGGAAUUUAGAAAAAGAGGGAGCGGAAGAAGAUGAAAUUGCUGGCCAUGUAGAAGAACCGAAUGUGGAAAGUGAUGAUGUAUAUGGUAUUUACAAGGAUGAGAGUCCCAAAAAUAACGUCGACCCAAAUUUUGCAAAGUAUGAUAAAUGGUAUGGUGAAAAAUAUGGUAAAAGGCCUGGUAAGGGUUGGUACCCAUAUAUAGAUGUCAGAAAAUGAUUCUAAAUAACUUGUGAAUGUUGUAAACAGUGUUACUUAAAAUUAAUAUGUC